CCUUCUGCACAGCCUGCAGAGCCCCAGCGCCAGGAUUGCAGACAGCGCUGAGAGGAACAAGCCCUGGUCUAUCUCCACCCACAGCUCCCUGGCCCAUGGCAUCCCCCGUCCCCACCAGGAGCUGGGGGCAGGUUUCCGGCAACGCCACCCCACCCGUGGCCAACAUCAGCGCCACACACACCUCCAAUGUCCUCAACCAGCUCUCGGUGGCCAUCUUCGUGGUCUCCACCCUGCUGGGCCUGGUGGGCAACGGCCUGGUGGUCUGGGUCACCACCUUCCGCAUGCGCCGGACGGUCAACUCGAUCUGGUUCCUGAGCCUGGCGCUGGCCGACCUGCUCUACUCCCUGCUGCUGCCCUUCUACGCCGCCAAGACCGCCGCGGACAAUCAGUGGGCCUUCGGCAACUUCCUCUGCAAAGCCGUCAACUCCCUCCUCUUCCUCAGCAUGUUCGCCAGCGUCUUCCAGCUGACGCUCAUCUCGGCCGAUCGCUGCCUGCUGGUGGCCCGGCCCAUCUGGGCCCAGCGGCUCCGCACGCCGCGCUGGGCCUGGGGGGCGGCCGGCGGGGCCUGGCUGCUGGCCGGGGCUUUCUCGGUCCCCUACCUGGUCUUCCGGCGGGUGAGCUGCCAGGCCGAGCGCUGCAGAUGCGUCAACAAUUUCGGGGAGGGGGCGACGGGGGUGGCGCGGAAGCAGGCCCUGAUCGCGGUGCGGUUCGUGGCCGGCUUCCUGGCGCCGCUGCUGGUCAUCACGGCCUGCCACGCGGUCGUGGUGCUGCGGGCCGGGCACCGGGGCCGCCGGCCCGGCCGCACGGCCAAGGUGGUGGCUGCUGUGGUGCUGAGCUUCUUCCUCUGCUGGCUGCCCUACCACGUCUUCAACUUCCUGCACGGCUCGCCGCGCAACCGGGCGGCCAUCCGGGUGGGCGCCUCCCUGGCCUUCAGCCUCACCUGCCUGGGCUGCUUCCUCAACCCCCUGCUCUACGCCUUCCUGGGCCGCCGCUUCCAGGAGGGGCUGCGGGGCAGCAGCCGCGCCCGCUGGCUGGAGGCCGCCCUGGCCGAGGACUCGCUGGGCUGCGGCCGCGGGCGCCAGCGCAACCGCUCGCUGGGCUCCACCACCUCCUCCGAACUGCGGGUGCCGCAGCCGUGACGGGGCGGGGCGCGGGGGCCAGGGCCCCGGGGGGCGGGGGAGCGGGGGGCAGCUGUGGGAGGGCUCCGAGCAAGACGUGCUGGGAGCAGUGCAUGCUGGGAGCCCUGGGCCGCGCCGGAGCAGUGCAUGCUGGGAGGCCGUGGGCCGUGCCGGAGCAGUGCAUGCUGGGAGCCCAGGGUUGUGCCGGAGCAGUGCAUGCUGGGAGGCCGUGGGCCGCGCCGGAGCAGGGCAUGCUGGGAGCCCUGGGCCGCACCAGAGCAGUGCAUGCUGGGAGCCCUGGGCCGUGCCGGAGCAGUGCAUGCUGGGAGGCCGUGGGCCGCGCCGGAGCAGUGCAUGCUGGGAGGCCGUGGGCCGCGCCAGAGCAGUGCAUGCUGGGAACUCUUUCCCUCAUUGGCCACACCGGAGCAAUAACGGGCCACGCCCCUUUCCCACGCUGCAGGAACUCGGUGGUGCUCACUGGCCGCCGCCCCCACAGGGUGGGCGGGGCUGUUACAAGGCUGUGGCCCUGGCAGUUGCCGUGGAUACCACCCCCUGGCCACCAUUUUGGGGCCUGAUUUUCAGACGGCGGCGGAGUGAUUCCUAAAGCCAGGCUCUCUUUAUACGGGCGGCUCAGAUCUACUUUUGUGACGUCGACCACCCCAUUGGUUGGUGUAUCCUUCCACCGAUUAAGGCAGUCCGUCCCAAAAAAAAGAACUCUGGAAAUCCAGCCCCCUUUAUACAGGAGCCGGCUCUACUUUCAAGGGACACCAACUGAGCAUCCUUCCGCCACCAAAGGAGUCCCUCAAAACAUAGGUCUCAAAACUGGACUCUUUUUAUACAGGAGCCGGAUCUACUUUCAGUAUAUGCUGAUUGUGUAUCCUUCUGCCAAAAAAAAAUAGUCCCUCAAAAAAAAAUAGCGGAAAACCAGGCCCUUUCCGUACAGAAGCCCUGUGACGUUCCUCCAUAACUUGUGCGUGUGUCCUUCCGCCAAACAAUAAAAGGUAAAAUAGCCCCUUAAAAAUCUUAAAAUAAAGCUCCAUCUUACGCAGGUA